AUGGCAAAGUUUCGAUCCUUUUUCAUAGCCAUUUUGGUGUGUGUGAUUGUGUAUAAUCACAUUCAAGUUGAGGCCAAGAUGUCCAAAAACAUGGUCCUUUUCUGGGGAAAUAGUCAGUCCAAAAUAGAAGGGGAUGACCUUCGGCUUGUUUUGGACAAAAGCACAGGCUCGGGAGCAAAGUCAAAGCGAAAUUUCUUAUUUGGAAGCUUUGAAGCUCUCAUCAAGCUUGUUCCAGGGGAUUCUGCAGGAUUAGUUACAGCAUUUUACUUAUCUUCUUCAGGGACGUAUCAUGAUGAGAUAGAUUAUGAGUUUUUGGGGAAUGCUACAGGAGAGCCUUAUACAAUUCACACAAACAUAUUUGUUGAGGGUGUAGGACAUAGAGAACAGCAGUUUCGAUUGUGGUUUGACCCUACUGCUGAUUUUCAUAACUACACAAUUCAUUGGAAUCCUAGUACUGUUGUGUGGUAUAUCGACAGUAUCCCAAUAAGAGUAUUCCGAAACUACGAGAAGUUGGAGCGAAGAAAAGCAUACCCAAACAAGAAAGGCAUGAGAUUUUAUACAAGUUUAUGGAACGCAGAUGAUUGGGCAACUCAAGGAGGUCGUGUCAAAACAAAUUGGAAUAAUGCACCAUUCACUGCUACCAUCCGCCAAUUCAGGCCAAGAGCUUGUCAUUGGAUUGGAGAGCUCAGCAAUACCCAAUGUGCCACCAAGUCUUCACAAAACUGGUGGACUUCUCCUGAUCAUUCUCAGCUUACCGUUCGUCAGUUGGCCAAGCUUGGUCAAGUUAGGAAGAAGUACAUGAUAUAUGAUUACUGUAGAGACCCUGCACGGAAACGACCCAAUGGUCGAAUGCCACCCGAAUGUUAUAGACUGCAGUACUAACAGAAGUACAAUGCAUUACCAGACAAAAGACACAUUAUCAUUAAAAACAUAUAUUUUUAAAAUUA